GGCACUGUUUUUGACAUUUCAUUAUUCAGAGAAAUCCAACGGGAAAAAAAUAAAGGAAAAUUUUCACGCGAAAAAAUCUAAAAAAUUUUCAAUUGGGUUAGUGCAGUUAAUUGCCCAAUCAAUUAAUUGAACAUUGAUAUUAUUCGUAAGCGUAUUGGAAUCCGCGUGAAUAUGGAACAGAGUGCAAAUAGAUACUAAAUUAAGUUGAAACCUUGAAGUAAUGCUGCAACCGAGAGAAAAGUGAAAAAUUAGCAAGGAAAAUUUGCAGCACAAGAGGAAAAGCAUAGCAAAUAAAGGCCACAUAACAAAUGGAAGUGUUUUUGGAAAAAUUUAAUUUCAUUCGAUCAAAUUAAAAUUACGAUUAGAAGUGGUUGUGAUUGGUGCAAAUAUUAAAGCGUUUAGCUGCACAUACAUCAAGAGAAAUAGAGUAGUCUUUUGGGCUGGCAAACAAAAAACAUAUUUUUUUUCUUUAAGUCAGCAGCAACAACAACCAGCAUUGGCAGCAAAAACCACAUAAGCUUCCUGCUUACAUAUUUCAUUAGCUUUUGUAGGUGUUUUUUUUUCUGACCGUGAAAUUUCAAGGCAAACGCAAACAUUGUCCUUUUUAAGAUACAACGAAAAUUACACAAUUCAAGUGCACAAACCUGCGCGGUCCUCAAAUCGUUUGGCUUGUAUGCGCUACACACCUGUAUCAUACGCACAUAUAUCUCUACAUAUAUAUACAUACGCAUGCACGUGUGCAUUUAAUUUGGCUGCUAUCUUAUGUGCCACUGGACUUUGGCAGGCCGUACAGGAGAUGCCUGUUAGUUUGACAUGGGUUCACAGACCUUGGAGAUACUGCGCCAAGGCGUGUGGGCCUCGCUGACUGGCGGCUGGUUCUACGAUCCCCAUCAAGGCGUCUUCUGUAAUGUAGUUCAUCUAUAUCUUUGGUUGUACCUACUGUGUUCACCGUUUGUAGCUUAUCUGUAUUUUCCAAGCACUUGGUUAACAUGGUGUAUUUACUGCACACUCACAAGCUUCACCAUAUUACUUGUAAAAUUGGCCAAUAUGGCGUUGCAUCGCUUGUACGAUCGGGCACAAACCAUGUCGGAGGCGAAUCUCAAAAAUCCAUUUUUCAAAAUCACAAAAGAAACGGAACCUCGUGAGAAUGAGACGGGCAUUGAAAUGAAAGUGAUGCGCAAUGAUGGCUCACGCAAUUCCGUGGAGCAGGCCAUCAACGAAGCCAGCGAAGAGAACAGCAUGACAUCUAUGGAGAAUGUGAAUAGUAUAAUUGACUUAAAAGUGGACGUGCAUCGCAAAAAUAGCUCCGAGUCCAUUGAAAUGCUUUUCUAUCCACCCUCACUCAUUUCGGCCAACAGUCAGCAGGAUCAACAGUCGAUCGCCGGCUCUUUGAGUGUCACAAAAUCCAUACGAUCAAACACAGCACCUGUCGCUGGCGCGCUUAGCGUCUAUCCGGAGCAUGAAAGCGAGCAUAUGGCGAGCGUAGAUGCAGUCGCACAACACAACAGCGCUGGCGGCGCAACGCCUAGCGGGAGUUCCGCCGCCACCACCACUACACACCGACACCUGCCACACUUACUACGAAAAUCUUCAGAAGAAUUUAAACGUCGCCACCAACGCCGACGCCUGGAACGCCAGGGCAGCUUAGAUGCCGCCGCUGAAUCGUGCAUUGCCAGCAAGUUGAUGCGCAAUCAAUCCGAUACAAUUGCCACGAGUGCUGCAGCGCGUUGUAACGACACAUUUUUGCAUCCCCAGAGCGUACAAAAUACCGUAUUGAUGAGCAAAAACUCUUCAGCAACCAAGAUGCCGCACAAUAUAACGCUGGGCGCGGGGUUAGCGCUUGGCACCAGCGUUAGCAUAGCUGCCACACAACGAACUGCCACAACGACUACAACAAACACAACCGCCAAUGCAACGCCAACCGCAACAACGAAUUUGACGAAUUCCUCAGGUAGCGCUGCACUGAAUGCGCCUGCGGUCGCACUGUCGUCGGUGAAAGGAACGCGCUUGCAGCGUCAUCGCAGUUCCGAGACGCAUGACGAGCGCGUGAAACAACAAAAUCGCAAUCUCUUCCUGCCAAUACACCACGAGCAUCAGCAUUCCGUGUCGAGUGGCGCGAGCAGUAGCAGCGCAUUGGCCGCCAUAGUGGGCGAUAUGCUGGAUGGCGACGAUUUGGAAUUGGGCGGAUUGGGCGGUAGCGCAAGUGGUGUAGCGGGGCAUGUGGAUACGCGUGCGCGCGCACUACAACCGUGGAUACUUGGUUCCUCCUCUGACGUCUAUAUUGACGAUGACAGCUACACGAAAUCUGAUUUCGGCAUCGAACAACUCGACGGCCGCAAAAACAAUCGCCCUGCUUACCUCCUCCAGCAACAGCAACCCUUCAACUCACAUUAUCCGCAAUACCAACAGCAGUUCUAUCGCGCCCCACAUCUGCACCAUCAUCAUCAUCAUCACGGCGCGGCCAACAUACGAAAAGACUCGAAUAGCACCAUGUCGGCGCUGCAACUACCUGUCGGCAGUGAAAAAUCGGGCGCGACAAGUAGUGGUGGUAGCGGUAGUGGUAUGAAGCGUCGACGUCAUUCAAACGCCACGGCGUUAUUUAAAGGAGCUGGCAGCAGUGGCGGCGGUGCAGCACUGCACAAGUCCAUGGCGUCAUCAGCCGCUGCAGCACUCGCUUCGGGCCAACAGCCGACAGUGCGUCGUAUAAAGAGCGCCGCUCUCGAAAUCUCAUGUCCACGGCCCUCGGUCUCGAACCUUAGUCCACAUCCCAACAGUGUGGAGGCAAUUAAUGGCCAGCAAAUGAUCAAAAAUCCACAGUCAGCCUUGCUACCACCACCCAGCAAGUCUCUGGUACGUAAUGCGCACUUGAAUUUGUGUCCGAAGUUUGGCGGCAGUUUUGGUGGUGCCAGCAGCAGUAGUGGUGGCAGUAACAGUUUGAAUUUCGGCACCAGUGGCUCGACGACGGCACUCAUAGAGCCGGUGUCACCCAUUGUCGAACAGUCAGAUGAGCGCGCCUCGUCCUUGGAUGUGACUACGCAGCGUAGUGAGUGCGCGUUGGAGCUGAACGAUGUUGACCUAGACGAUUGUGAUGAUGAGGAUGAAGAAGAAGAUGACGAGGAGGAGGAGGAGGAGGAAGAGGUCGAAGACAUUGAGGAGGGCAAUGUAGAGAAUGAUAUUGAGCUAGAUGAGGAUGACGAUGACAACGUCGACGACGAAGUCGACGAUGUGCCGAUACGUCGCAGGCGCAAAGCGUUAGGAUGUCACCAUCACAGCGUCGAAUCGGACGUGGGCGACAUACUCGGAGAUGAGAUGGAGAAUGACGAAGAUGAUGAAUUCAAAGAUUUUGACGACGAUCUAGAGCAUGGACUGAGCAGUGCGGAAUUGAAAUCUGUAACAUGCGACGCACCGCCUGCCAGUAGCCCACAGAAGACGGACUUCACCGAUGAUUUUGAUCACAUACUCAAUGGGCUUGAGCAAAUACAACAGGAUUUGAAACGAUCGGCAGCAGAGAGCAAUCGCAAGGCGCAUGUCUACGCCGCCGAUAGCGAAGAUGAAGUGGACGAACCCACAGCCAAGCAACGGCAAUCGUUACGGUCGCCCUCCUCGCGUACAACGACAGCGCCUGCGCUGGGCGAUGAGCAACCGUCGUCUUCACAAACUCUACGCCAGCGUCUACAUUCCACCGACUCGGAGACGGACAAUAAUGGCUCGCGUUCACCGCUGCUCAGUGGAAAAUCUUGGCAGCACAGCAGUGCCAAAGUCAAAGCCGCUGAGCAGGACAUGUACAUGGAAAUAGCAGCCCUACAGAAGCAUAAAAACUUACCUGUUCCACUGGGUUUGAACGUCGCUGUACCACAACAUGUCUACGAGAUGCGACCGCAACAUGCAGCUCGCGGCGAAGGUGACUCCGGUUGUCCGUCUAGCGACUGCGAGCAAGUGAGCGCUAGUUCGAAGGAUAUGCUGCUCUCCGGCAUGGAAGGUGCUGUGAGUGUCGCACCACCAAAAACGAAAGCGGAAGCGCAGAAGGUGUGUAAAGAUGCGGAGGAGGAUUUGGAAUGUGGCAGCAAGAAGCCUUCAACCGGCUCCGGCGGCAAAAAUCUCGGCGCAAUACCAAAGGUCGUAAAAUACCGCGAGGUAAACGAGACAUUACACGGCAGCGGUGGCAGCUCACAACUGCACAAACGACGCGGUGGUAGCGUCGUCGCCACCGCUAGCACGUACACGGAAAUGUCACUGGUGCCAUACAACGCACAUCACAGCGCCACCUCGAAGGCAGCGUCACGCACUUCCUCCUCUACGUCGUCGCGUAGCAUCAGCGCUGACUCAUUCUCCGCAGACAUACACAAAAUGCUUUGGUUGAUGACUGAACAUGGGCGCCCCAGCGAGGCGGGAGCGCAACAAAACGCUACUACGUCGAGUGGUAGCGCAGGGCGCCCAACAACAACCGUUGUAGGCGGCAGCGGUGGCUCUACCGCGCCUGCAAAUAUGUCAAGAGCGCAUUUCCAAUUUUACCAGGACGCCAUACAGGCGCUAAAUACCUAUCCCGCAAACUCAACUGACUCGCUGUGGCUCUCUGAGCGCAUGUACUACCGUGACAAAGCGCGACGGAACUCAAAACAAAUCUCCGAACCGGGCAACUCUUCCAUUGGCGACUUCUCACACGCGCAUGAUUUGCAGUCGGCGCAACUGAGUAGCCAAUCAGGUGCGACGGCGGCGCCAAUGCGCAGCUUACAUGCGCCGCUUGGCGUCGUAGUUGCAUCUUCGUCGUUGAACUCGCGCACUGUUUAUAACGGCGCGGGGCUCUCCAUACAGGGACUGAUAAAUGUGCUAAACGACGAAGGUCAACAACGCUCGUCACAAGCGCGCUCAGGUAGUGGUAGCAACAAUACGGGCACUGGCGCGGCCAUACUCAACAUGGACGGCCAUCACAUCGAAAGUUACUGCGACUACUGGCGCCCCGCAUGUCUACUGUCGACGGAGAAGCCAGCGGCGCCGAAGAGCUACUACAAGUAUCGCUUCAAGUGUUGUGGCUACGAGCACGAGUUCAAAAUCUCCAUGGACCGGUUGGAGCUGUUGGCACUUUUCGAUCGUGACCUGCAUUGGCUGCAUAUAAUGCUGGCGGUGUUGUUAUGCGCAAUGGUCGCCUACCUCGGUGCGACCAUACUGCAGCUGGGGCACUACAAGGAUCUCUUCGCGUUUCUCUUUUGUGCUGUUAUAGCGAGCGCUCAGUAUUCUCUCGUGAAGAGUGUCCAACCCGACGCAGCCUCGCCCAUACACGGCUUUAAUAAGACGGUAGCCUACUCGCGUGCCAUCUACUUUUGUGUGUGUAGCGGUAUACUCUUAUUGUGCGACCAUCUAAAGCGCGAAUACGAGCAACAGCCCACGCCGCCCGAAGAGCUGAACUUCUUCGGUAUACGUUACUCACCGCUCCUGCUUACUGCGUCCGUGUUGCAAGUGAUGUACGUGUUUCUACUAUGCUUCCCCAUCAUCUUCUCGCUGGGCCUUUUCCCACAGAUCAAUACAUUCCUGAUGUACUUGUUGGAGCAAAUCGAUAUGCAUGUCUUUGGCGGCAACGCGGCGGGCAGUCUGUUAGGCGCCUUCCUCUGCGUUGUCCGUUCUAUCAUCGGCGUUAUGCUGCUCUACGGUCCGCUUUUCAGCGCGCUUGCCGAAGGACGCGGCACACAGUUUAUCGUUUUCUCCCUUUUCUGCGCCAUACUUGUGCCGUUGGGCUAUCAUCUCUCGCGCUCAGCUAGCGACUUCAGUCAUAUGUGGGCGCUCAUCAAGAACUGCAUUGUCAGCACCUAUCACGACGAUGACGAUGAGGAUGAGCUCAGCGCCGCCACCUGUGACGGCAGCGCGGCGAGCAGUCAAAAACUCACUACGAACACCACACUGAAGGCACGUACGAAAAGUACGAGCGCGCGCACGCACGAACAAAUCGAGUUGUCGGCAUUGGACGAAAAGUUGACGGCGGAAAUGCGUGAACGCGGCGAGCUGGGAAGCACGCAUAUCGAAAUGGAGCGCAAGAGCAGUAAAUCUAAGGUGUCUUCAUUGGCAAGCAGCAGUCAAACACUCGCCAAAACGCUUUCGAGCAACAAAAAGGGCAUGACCACAUCCAACUCAUACGUGUCGGUGGCAAAUGGCAGCGCUACUGGCAGCGGCGCGCUUGCAAUGGGUUUAGAGAGCGCACAAGAGGUCGCGCCAACGAGCGAAAAUGGUAGUGGCGCGCAGCUUCUGGAGACCGAAGCUACUGAUGUAGGUAGCUCAGCCGUUGUCACAACACCAACGAACGCAUUGAACUUGACGGUCGGCGCAAAGGACUCCGCACAACAGGCCGCUACAACGCCGACGGAGGCAGCACAACAAACUGUGGUGGCUGCUGCGGCUAAUCUCGCCGAUGCAGAUACUGAGACACAACCACAAGCAGCCGAUGAGGACGACAAAAUAUCCAGUUCUUCCACAACCAAUCCCGGCGAUAUCUCUACGCUGACCGCCGGCGGUGUCUGUGGUGAUUUAGAACCAUCAGCACUGCCGACGAGCGCCGCCAAUGCGAAUAUCGACAACGAGAACGACACGCCUGAUCCUCUGCCGAGAAAAUUGCAGGCCACAGUAAAUAUGCGUCUUAAGAAUGAUCUGGUGGUCACCACGCUGCUGGCGCUUAUAGUCUUCGGUCUACACUGCAGUACUGUGUUUACUGUGCUUCAACCGGAUCUCAAUAUUGUGCUCUACGCUUUCACAGGCGGUUUGGGACUGCUCCUGCACUACAUCAUACCGCAGAUGCGUAAACAUAUGCCUUGGCUCUGCUUUGCGCGCCCCCUGCUGCGUCAGAAGGAGUACGGUCAGUUCGAAGUGUCGCAUGCGCCGAAAGUAAUGUGGUUCGAGAAGGUCUACAUCUACCUGUGCAUGCUGGAGCGCAAUGUGAUGUUUCCGCUGCUGGUGAUCUCGGCCGUAACCGCCGAUGCGCAGAUAAUUGGCGAUAAGUUCGGCAUACCAUGGGGCACGUUGAUUGUGGCGGUGUGCGCGCUGAAAUUGAUUCGCAACGCCUACUCGGAUCCUACGAAUCAGUAUCUCAUUGUUGUGUUCACCGUCUUGUUCUUUCGUUACGACUUCGCUUUUGCCAGUGAGACGUUCCUCAUCGAUUACUUUUUCAUGUCGUUGGCCUUUCGCAAGUGCUGUGAUUUUCUUCUAAAGCUACAAUUCAUCGUUACCUACAUCGCGCCAUGGCAAAUCACCUGGGGCUCCGCAUUUCAUGCCUUCGCGCAACCAUUCAGUGUGCCACACUCCGCCAUGCUCUUCCUACAGGCCGGCGUCUCAGCCAUACUCUCGACACCGCUCAAUCCCUUCCUCGGCAGCGCCAUCUUUCUCACCUCCUACGUACGUCCCAUUAAAUUCUGGGAACGCGACUACAACACACGACGCAUCGACCAUUCCAACACCCGGCUAAGUUCGCAACUGGAGCGCGAUCUAGGCGCAGACGAUAAUAAUCUGAAUAGCAUUUUCUACGAGCAUUUAACGCGUUCACUGCAGCACUCACUGUGUGGCGAUCUUCUAAUGGGUCGCUGGGGCAAUGUGAAUCAGGGCGAUUGUUUCGUGCUCGCCUCCGACUACCUCAAUUGUCUGGUGCACAUCAUAGAGCUCGGCAAUGGGCUGUGCACCUUCCAGAUGCGUGGUUUAGAGUUUCGCGGUACCUACUGCCAGCAACGUGAAGUGGAGGCCAUCACGGAGGAUGUGGAGGACAAUGACGGCUGCUGCUGCUGCGAUCCGGGCCAUUUACCGCGCAUGCUCAGCGUGAAUGCAAUGUUUUCGACGCGUUGGCUCGCCUGGCAAGUAGUCGCUGCUCAGUAUGUGCUCGAGGGCUAUUCGAUAUCAGAUAACUUGGCGAGUGCCACGCUGCAGGUCUUUGAGUAUCGCAAAGUGCUCAUCACCUACUACAUAAAGAGUAUCAUAUACUAUGUGAUCAAGAAUCCGAAGCUGGAGCACUGGCUCGCCUCAGCACCCAUACAGGAGGCAUUGCAGCAUACGCUCAGUCGUCAGUUUGUCGAUCUCGAUCCCAUAUUUAACUACAACCUCGAUGAGGAUUUUGAUUUUCGUGCCGUGGGCAUUACGCGUUCCAGCUUCUGUUAUGUCUACCUCAGUUGGAUCAACUUUUGCUUUGACAAACGGAAAGAGAGUCAGAAUCCAGCAGCGGCGCCCACAGCAGCAAACACUACGAGUGGGGCACCAUCAUUUCCGCCACCACCACCGCAACCACACACACCCACGGCUUCCGCCAACAAUAACAGCAAUAGCAACGCAUACAACGACUCGAAGAGCACACCAAAUCUCUCCACGACUGCAACGGCGAGUAAGUCGCAGUCCCAACAGCAAUUGCGCACGCGUCACCAGAAGAGCGCUACAAUGAGCGGCAGCACAACAACUAAUUCCUCAGAGCACAUCGCUAUUUCACCGUCUUUCGCUAAUAUCUCGCGUCAGACUUCGGAGUCCGCACCAGGUCUGAGCGGUGCUGGGCUUUCGGUGGGCGGUGGUUAUAUGUCUGCCGGCAGUACACAUGCGCCACUCGAUAACAGCUUUACAAAUAGCGCGGCGACAGUGGGCGCGAGCAUCUCAGCGGCGGCGAAGAUGCCUACAUUGGGUCAACAAAUGCGCGGCAAGACGGUGGGAGCUGGCGGCGCGACACUUAAAUCGCUACGCAAAGAAGUCUCACCCACAGCUAGUGCAAACGCGACGACAACAGCUAAUCCCGGUGGAACUGGUGGAACGGAGCGCGCAGCCUCAGAAGAAACCAAUCGGGAGCGGCCAACACUAAAGUUGAAAGUGCCAAGUGUGUCGAAAGAUUCACCAAUAGUUUCGCUCUGUUUGGCGUUAGGGCUGUUGGCGCGUCGCUCGUUAGCCAACGCUUCACAUAGUUCGCUGACGGGUGUGGAGUUCUUUUUGCAUGGCUUACAUCAACUUUUCAAAGGCGACUUUCGAAUUCAAUCGCCGCGUGAUGAAUGGGUGUUCGCCGAUAUGGAGCUUUUGCACGCUGUAGUAGCGCCCGCUGUGAAGAUGGCGCUGAAACUUCAACAAGAUCACAUCUCGAACCCGGACGAGUUUCACUAUCCGGAUGCACUCUACGAAGCGAUAGACACAUGCGCCAAGGAUCUUGUUAUUUCACACGAGGCUGACCCCGUUUGGCGCAGCGCUGUGCUGAGAGGCGCGCCCAAUUUGCUCGCCCUGCGUCACGUCAUGGAGGACGGUUCGGACGAAUACCGUAUUAUAAGGCUGACCAAGCGUUUCCUCAGCUUCCGCGUUAUCAAGCUCAAUCGCGAAUGCGUGCGUGGUUUGUGGGCGGGCCAGCAACAAGAGCUCAUCUACCUGCGCAAUCGCAACCCCGAACGUGGCAGCAUACAAAACGCCAAACAGGCGCUGCGUAACAUCAUCAAUUCUAGCUGUGAUCAACCUAUCGGUUACCCUAUUUAUGUCUCCCCGCUUACUACUUCCUACGCGGACACGAAUGAGCAACUCUGCAAAGUUAUCGGUGGAGCCAUCACACUGGAGUCCAUCAAAUCAAACGUACUCGAUUGGUGGCAACGCAUACGUGAACGCUGCCGUCAGGGCUGCAGCUCCGGCUCGGCACUGGAGGCUUCCAACCUUGGCCUAGGCCUAGCUGGCGGUAUGGGCAGCACGGCGGCGGGAAGCGGGGAGUCUGGCGGCGACAUUGCGCCAAUAUACAUUUCAGCCCCGCUUUACAACACCCUCACAGUGGGCAACAUGUUUGGCUGUCGGCCGGUGCAUGGUGUUACAGUGCCAACCAGUGUGGGCGCCACACUCAGCACGCAGUUUGGCAGCGAUGGCGCAGUGGUAACACCAUUAUGGCGUUGUCCUGUCGUGACUGCGAAACCUGCGCUACUCGCCGGCCUGUUGAACCGUGAACGCGAACAGGAGCACGAGCGCGAACGGGAACAGUUGCGAGGUGUCGGCAUACGCGUCUCACAUUCAUUAUCACGAGUCGAGCGCGAACGACGCGUCACUUUGCCAAUCGCUAACACCAGCGGCGUCGAGAGCAAUUCAGAGGCCAGUAGCAGUGCGGGUGCGACGGCUGCAAAGGCAGCGGAGUCUGCGCGUCAGCUUGAGUCCCAUGCCGGUACUGGUGGUGGUGGUGAGUUACAGCCAAGUAGCAGCAGUCCACGCUACGCAAAAAUGUCAAGCUCCUCCGGUAGCCUCGGCAUAGGUAGCAUUAUAACAACGCCCGGUGACUAUCCGCGUAAGUCCAAAGGACCAAUUAGUCUGACGGCGGCGGCAGCACGUGCCGCAAACGAACGUAGUGGCGUGCCCGAGAUGUGCGGCAAAUCAAAUAGCGCUGACAUGGUGGCGUCUCUAGCGGCAGCAGGUCAUGUGCCGCGCAUUGGGCUCUACAAAAAGGUCGUCAUCAUCGAUGACUAUGAGAUCUACGAUCGCAUCGAUAUCGUACGUCGCUUCAACAUGUUUUGGCCCAGCGAGGAGAUGCGCGCCAAAGGCGGUCGACUGGCCUGGAAAGAUUGGCUACCCUGUACGGGCAUGGUCGGUUACGUCGUACACUUUUGGAUGCCCGGCCAUCGCGAUCUACUCUUCCGUUCACCCUUCAGCCGAGUUGUCUACUUGGUCGCGAUAAAUGGCUUUUAUGUGCCGGUGGGCGAAUUCGGUAUACGGGAAUAUGAUCCGGAACGUGAUGGCGAUGACGGCCUCAGUGAGGAAGAGGAGAUGGCCACAGCGGCGGCAGGUGUACUUGUCGCGAUGCGCGCAGUUAAUGCGCGACGCAGCUCCGUGCAGCACGAACUACAUGAGCUGGAUGAACUGCAACAAGAACGGGUACACCAUGCACGUGGCGAGGGUCUAACGCCAAUACUCGGUAGCAGCCUUGAAUCGCCCACCUCACACCUGAUGGGCAGCAGCGUGCUGAGUGCUGCUGGUGCCGACAUAGAUGCCUACACGGAUGACGACGCGACGAAGGCGGAAGGUGGUGCCGUGAGCGCCGGCGAAAUGGCGAGUGUUAGUGGCGUAUCAGCGACAGCUGGUGUAAACAGCGCAAAUAUACAAAUGCGCGCAGUAAGCAGCAGCAGCUCUGAAGAUGAAGCCGAAUUGCUCAACUACGAAAUGCAGCGACGCGAGCAAUUCUUCAAUAUGUGGAAACUUAUGUCCGAGCACAAAGAUGCCGAGCUCAAACAGGCGGAGAAAGCAAAGCGUGAAGAAACGCGUGGUGCGGAGGAGGAAUGUAAAAGCCACAGCGCGCAGGGGGAACUACGUGAAGUGACGACGCAGCCGGAAGAAGUUAAAACUACUGCUGAGUGCCCGACGGAAGAGCAAAGUACCGAGACAUUGAGCGCGGAAGCGCUGCGGACGACGCAAGAGAGAACUGAUGCUGAGCAGGUGAAGCCAGAGCACAGCGCCCGCGUGGCGCAGCUUGAGUCGGACGCACUGCCAGAGUAUAGCGAGGUUUAGCAGCAGCUGGGAGUAAGCAAAUAUGACAUAACGGUGUUAGUAAAAUACAUUAUUUAGUUGUUGAGACAGCAAAAAGUUAGACAAACACACACACACACACACGCGUAGGCCGAAAUGGCGUAAAUGUGUAAAAAGUGAAGUAUAAAA